UGUUGUUGCCUCUUCUGCACCUCGCCAUGCUGGAGUCGGUGGUCGCCGACCUGCUCAACCGCUUCCUGGGGGACUACGUGGAGAACCUGGACAAAUCCCAGCUGAAGCUGGGCAUCUGGGGAGGUAAUGUGGCCUUAGAUAACCUACAGAUAAAAGAAAAUGCACUGAGUGAAUUAGAUGUACCUUUUAAAGUAAAAGCUGGUCAAAUAGAUAAGCUUACUUUGAAGAUUCCUUGGAAGAAUCUCUAUGGUGAAGCAGUUGUUGCAGCUCUAGAAGGCUUAUACCUACUUGUUGUCCCUGGAGCAAGUAUUAAAUAUGAUGCUGAAAAGGAAGAAAAGCAGCUGCAGGAUGCUAAACAGAGAGAGCUGUCAAGGAUUGAAGAAGCCCUCCAAAAAGCAGCAGAGAAAGGCGCCCAUUCAGGGGAGUUCAUAUAUGGCUUGGAGACCUUAGUUUACAAGGAUGUCAAGCCUGGACGUAAACGUAAAAAGCACAAAAAAUAUUUUAAGAAACCUUUUAAGGGUCAUGAUCGUUCUAAAGAUAAACCAAAGGAAGCCAAAAAGGACACAUUUUUGGAAAAGUUGGCCACUCAGGUUAUAAAAAAUGUACAGGUCAAAAUCACAGACAUUCAUGUUAAAUAUGAAGACGAUAUCACAGAUCCAAAACGGCCUCUCUCAAUUGGAAUGACUCUGGGGGAACUGAGCUUAUUGACUGCCAAUGAAAACUGGACACCUUGCAUUUUAAAUGAAGCGGCAAAAAUCAUAUACAAGCUUAUUCGUCUUGAUAGUCUCAGUGUAUAUUGGAACGUUAACUGCAACAUGUGCUACCAGGGAUCAAGGGAACAGAUAUUGAGCCAACUGAAAAGCGAAAUCCCAUCCAGUAGCAGUGAAUCACCAAACUAUCAAUACAUUUUCAGGCCGAUAUCAGCCUCUGCAAAGCUUUACAUAAACCCCCAUGCGGAAAUGGAGUUCAAAGAUCCUAAACUCGAUUGGAAUAUAGAAGUGCAGAAUAUUGCCAUUGAGCUGACUAAGCCCCAGUAUCUCAGCAUGAUUGACCUUUUGGAGUCGGUGGAUUGUAUGGUUAGGAACGCACCUUAUAGGAAAUACAGACCUUGUUUACCACUACGGACAAAUGCUCAACGGUGGUGGAAAUAUGCAAUUGAUUCUAUUCUUGAAGUUCACAUCAGAAGAUAUACUCACAUGUGGUCCUGGAGUAACAUAAAAAAUCACAGACAGUUCUUGAAGCGCUAUAAAAAUGUAUACAAAACCAAACUGACCCAGAGUAAAAUCUCAGAAGAAGUGCAGAAACAAGUUCAGGACUUGGAGAAGACUCUUGACCUUUUCAAUAUAAUUUUAGCAAGACAACAAGCACAAGCUGAAGUGAUCCGGUCAGGGCAGAAACUGAGAAAAAAGUCCGAUGCAGUAGAGAAACGAAGCGGAGGCUGGUUUAGUGGGUUCUGGGGUAAAAAAGAAUCUAAGAAGAAAGAUGAUGAAGAAUCUUCGCUACCUGAAACAAUUGAUGACCUUAUGACUCCUGAGGAAAAAGCAAAACUCUUCACUGCCAUUGGGUAUAGUGAUACCACGCACAAUCUAACUUUACCUAAAAAGUAUGUUGCCUAUAUAAUGACACUGAAACUCUUAAGAACUUCAGUUACUAUCAGGGAAGACAGGAAUGUUCCAGAGAUACUUAAAGUGCAAAUAAUUGGCUUGAGUACUCAGGUUUCUCAGAGACCAGGAGCCCAGGCACUCAGGUUAGAGGCAAAAUUAGAACAUUGGUACGUAACGGGUCUGAAACAGCAAAACAUCGUUCCCUCUCUUGUGGCUUCAAUUGGGGAUUCCAAAUCAUCCCUGCUUGAAAUUGAAUUUGAGACCAACCCGGAGGAUAGCCCUGCCGACCAAACUCUGGUCGUUCAAUCUCAGCCUGUGGAGAUUAUCUAUGAUGCUCAAACCAUAAAUGCAGUUGUAGAAUUUUUCCAGUCAAGCAAGGGAUUAGAUCUUGAGCAGUUAACAUCAGCCACAUUGAUGAAGUUGGAAGAAAUAAAAGAGAGAACUGCUACAGGUCUUUCACAUAUAAUUGAGACGCGGAAAGUCCUUGAUUUGAGGAUUAAUCUGAAACCAUCCUACCUUGUGGUCCCGCAGACAGGUUUCCAUCAUGAAAAGUCAAAUCUCCUCAUUUUGGAUUUUGGCAGCUUUCAGCUCAAUAGUAUAGAACAAGGUGCACAUCAAUCUCCAGGUUCUUCUCUAGAGGAAAUCAUGGACAAGGCUUAUGACAGGUUUGAUGUUGAAAUCAAAAGCGUGCAGCUUCUUUUUGGAAAAGCAGGAGAAAACUGGAAAAAGGCUCGUUUUCAGCAUCCGUCUACUUUGCACAUUCUUCAGCCUAUGGAUAUCCAUGUUGAGUUGGCUAAGGCCAUGGUGGAGAAAGACAGUAGAAUGGCUAGAUUUAAAGUAGCAGGAGGACUCCCUCUGAUGCACGUGAGAAUUUCCGACCAGAAGAUGAAAGGCGUAUUGGAUUUGAUACACAGUAUCCCCUUGCCACGGAAAUCAGCCGUGCAUUCUCCAAAGGCCAAAGUAAAUCAGGUUCCUGCCAUUUCCAUUAUUCCUGAUGGAACAAAAGGGCUACUUGGUUCUUCGCUGAUGCUCGAAGGAAUAGAGUCAGAGUCUGAAGAUGAAUAUUUUGAUACUGAAGAUGGUUCAGAACAGGUCAGUGUAGGUGGGAGAGAAACAGCACUGCAGCAUGUUGUAGAAGCCCCAAAUGAGGAGCUCAUUGAUCUUCAACUCAAGUUUGAAAUCAAAGAGGUGAUUUUGGAACUUACCAAGCAGCAGAAACAGGAGGAAACAAUACUUGUGUUUAAUGUGACGCAGCUGGGAACCAGUGCUACAGUUAGAACAUUUGACUUAACUGCAGUUUCUUAUUUAAAAAAAAUCAACUUGGAUUAUCAUGAAAUUCAUGGACCCAGAAAAAAACCACUUCAUCUUAUUAGCUCUUCAGAUGAACCUGGGCUAGAUCUUCUAAAAGUGGAGUAUAUCAAGGCUGAUAAGAAUGGCCCUAGUUUUCAAACCACUUUUGAUAACACGGAACAAACACUUAAGGUGUCCUUUUCAUCUUUAAAUCUGUUACUACAUACACAGGCUCUUCUCUCUGCUAUUAAUUACCUAACCACUGUUAUUCCAUCAAAAGAUGAAACUAUUGCUGAUGCAGCACAGUCGCAAAUUCAGUCCCUAAAGCAACAGGAAAGUACUUCUUUGAAGAAAGUCACCAAAUCCUCCAAAGAUAAUGAUAUUUUUCACUUCAAGUUGUUUGCCAAGUUAAAUGCUUUCGGUGUGAAUGUUUGUGAUGAAAAGAAAAGUAUUGCUGAAAUCAAGAUACAAGGCCUUGAUUCCUCUUUUUCCCUUCAAUCAAAAACACAAUCGUUAUUUAUACGACUGGAAAAUAUUGUUGUGACAGAUGUUGACCUUAAGACAAUUCAUAAAAAGGCCGUGUCAAUAGUGGGAAACGAGGUCUUCCGCUUCAAGCUGGACUUGUAUCCUGAUGCUACUGAAGGAGAAGCCUAUGCUGACAUGUCCAAAGUUGAUGGUGUGGUAUCACUGAAUGUGGGCUGCAUUCAGAUCGUCUAUCUUCAUAAAUUCCUCAUGUCACUUCUGAACUUCCUGAAUAACUUUCAAACAGCGAAAGAAGCCCUGAGUGCUGCUACAGCCCAGGCUGCGGAAAAGGCCGCCACCAGCGUGAAAGAUCUUGCGCGGAGGAGUUUCCGGGUGUCAAUGAAUAUUGACCUGAAGGCACCGGUUAUCGUCAUCCCUCAGUCUUCCGUUUCCUCUAAUGCAGUGGUAGUAGACCUUGGAUUGAUCCGAAUUCAAAACCAGUUUUGUGUGGUGCCUGGUGGAGAAGAUUGCUUGCUUCCUCCAGUGAUCGAUAAAAUGGAUGUUCAGCUUACAGAACUUAAGCUUUCUAGGACAAUUAUCCAGCCGAGCUUUUCCCAACCUGACAUUCAGCUUCUGUAUCCAAUUAACCUGAACCUUUCUGUGAAUCGGAAUCUAGCUGCUGCUUGGUAUCACAAAAUGCCUGUAAUGGAAAUCAAGGGGUGUCUUGAAACAAUGAAUGUUCGUCUAAAUCAAGAAGAUUUGAACCUUCUACUUAAAGUGCUGACAGAAAAUCUAGGUGAAGCUGAAAAAGAAUUGAAUGAAGCGAAACCAAGAAUGAAAGUCACGGGGAAAAUGAAAGAAAUACUGGAGAUGCCUCUAGCACAACAGAGUCUGUCUGCUUCCCAAGAAAUCUUAUCUGGAAGAGAGGAGGAAACCUUGCCUGAAGAUGUCACUAAUGUGCUGCUAAAUUUUGAAAUAAAAGAGGUUGUUGUUACAUUGAUGAAAAAAGCAGGAAAUGAGGCACGCUCUUUGCAUGAACUAAAUGUGCUACAGCUUGGAGUUGAAGCCAGAGUUAAAACCCAUGAAAUGACUGCCAACGCAUAUCUCAAAAAAAUUAGCAUGAGGUGCCUUGAUUUCACUGAUGCUAAUGGAGGUCCUCUCCAUAUCAUUAACUCUUCUACUGAAUCUGAUGAACCUCUUCUGAAAAUGGCAUUCAUUAAGGCAGACAGUGAUGGCCCAGACUUCAGCACGAUUCAUAACAAUACCAAACAGAUCCUGAAGGUGUCGUUUUCGUCCUUGGACCUAGUGCUUCACUUGGAAGCUUUGCUGUCGAUCAUGGACUUCAUGUCAUCCGGUGUUCCUUCCCCGGGCCUGUCCUCUCCUGAGCAGGGAUCAGAACUCAAGCCGGCAACUGAGGAACCUAAAAGCACAUCUCUCAAAACUGUUACUGGAAGCGCAUCCCAGGACGAUGUAUUUGAUUUGAAGAUCUCUGCAGAGUUGAAUGCAUUCAAUGUUUGUAUCUGUGAUAAGAGAUGUACUAUUGCAGAUAUAAGAAUACAGGGAAUGAAUGCAUCUAUUGCUCUCCAGCCACAGCAGACACAGGUCUUUGCACGACUCCAGGAUAUCAUCGUCACAAACGUUGAUCCAAAGUCCAUUCAUAAAAAGGCAGUCUCUAUAGUGGGAGAUGAAGUCUUUAGGUUCCAAAUGACUCUCUAUCCAGAUGCCACAGAAGGCGAUGCUUAUACUGACAUGUCCAAAGUGGAUGGUGUAGUUAGUCUGAAAGUAGGCUGCAUUCAGAUUGUGUAUCUCCAUCAAUUCUUCAUGUCAUUUGUGAAUUUCCUCAACAAUUUCCAAACAGCAAAAGAGACCCUCAGUGCAGCCACAGUUCAAGCCGCAGAAAAGGCUGCUUCCAGCAUGAAAGAUUUUGCACAGAAGAGCUUCCGCCUUUCAAUGGAUAUCAAUCUGAAAGCACCAGUUAUUAUCAUCCCUCAGUCUUCAGUCUCCCCAAAUGCCGUUAUAGCUGACCUGGGUUUCAUCAGAGUUGAGAAUAAAUUUAGCUUGGUCUCUGUGGAGCGCUGUACUGUACCUCCAGUCAUUGACAAAAUGGAUGUUCAACUCACUCAGCUGAAACUGUCAAGAACCAUCUUGCACUCUGGCUCUCCACUACCUGACAUCGAAAUUUUACAGCCAGUAAACAUGCUUUGGACUAUUCAACGGAAUUUAGCAGCAGCUUGGUAUGCAGAAAUCCCAGGAAUGGAGAUCAAAGGAAACUUAAGACCCAUGCAGAUUGCGCUUAGUGAAGAUGACCUAACUGUUCUCAUGAAAAUUUUGCUGGAGAAUCUUGGAGAGGUUUCGUCGCAGUCAAGUGCUACACCACCUACGAUUCCGGAUCCCCCCAGAGUAAAACAUGGAAAACAUCAGAGUGGAUUGGAUCACUUGAAAGGUCCAGUUGUAGAAACUUCAGGACAAGAUGAUUUUAAAGAAUGCCAUCCUCCAUUUGAUCAUUGUCCAACUCUUAAAUUUGAUUUUCACUUUGAAUCUCUUUCACUUGUUCUAUACAAUAAUGAUAUCAACCAGCAAUCCACACUUUCAUCCCGUAGCGAUCAUUUGCGCUUUGGUGAGCUCAGACUGCAUCUUAUGACAUCAGCAGGGAAGAUGUUUAAAGAUGGCACAGUGAAUGUCAAUGUUAAACUUCAGGCUUGUACCCUUGAUGACCUCAGAGCAAAUGUUCAGAAAGUUACCUCCAGAAUGAUUGACAAGAAGAAUGGUCAAAAUAACAGUUUUAUGAUGGAUAUAAACUACCAGCAAGACAAAAACGGGAGUAAAAUAGAUGCUGUUCUCGACAAGUUGUACGUGUGUGCAAGCGUGGAGUUCUUGAUGACGGUAGCAGAUUUCUUCAUUAAGGCUCUACCUCAAAGUCCAUCUGUUCCAGCUGAAAAAUCAUUCCAGAUUUCACAAAAACAGAUUUCCGCAGCAAAAAGUAAACCGGAAAAAGAGAGCUCUGCAAGAACAAAUAUGACUUUAAAAGCAGUGGUUGUGGAUCCAGAAGUUGUUUUUGUCGCCAAUUUGACCAAGGCUGAUGCUCCUGCCCUGACCGCUUCAUUUCGAUGUGACUUGUGCCUGUCUUCAUCCAACCUCAAACAAGAGAUGACCGCCUCUGUGAAGGAUUUGAAAGUCCUAGCUUGCCCUUUUCUAGGAGAGAAAAGAGGGAAGAACAUUACUACAGUGGUACAACCAUGUUCUUUAUUUAUGAAAAAUUUCAGACAGUCUUCAGGAGAACAGACUAUAGAUGUUAUGGUUGAGGAAUUUAUAAUUAAGAUUUCACCAAUAAUUCUUAAUACAGUGGUGACCAUUAUGGCUGCUAUGAAACCAAAGACAAAGGAAGAUGAUUCCAAAGACACAUGUAGUAAUACUGGCAAGCUGUGGGAUGUCAAAUCAGUUGAAGAUUGUAAUGCCUGGUUUCUUGGAGUUGAUAUGGCAACUGAAGUGACUGAAAAUUUCAAAGACCUUGAACAGCCAAACAUAAAGGAGAAUUUUUCCAUUAGUGUGAAAUCAGUUCAAGUUACACUGGAAUGUGGCCUGGGACAUCGAACCGUUCCGUUAUUAUUGUUAGAGUCAACAUUUUUAGGGUCAGUUAAAAACUGGACUUCCUUGAUGGUUGGCAGUGCUGACGUGACAUUAGAGGUUCACUAUUUCAAUGAAACACACGCCGUCUGGGAACCUCUGAUUGAGAGAGUGGAAGGGAAAAGACAAUGGAACCUAAAACUUGAAGUGAAGACUAACCCAGUCCAGGACAAAGGUCUGAUACCAGGGGAUGAUUUUAUUCUCCUCCCUGAGCCACAAACUGCAAUUCGUAUUUCUUCAAAGGAUACAAUGAAUAUAACAAUAUCCAAGUGCUGCCUUUCUGUUUUCAAUAACUUAGCAAAGGGAUUUUCAGAGGGAACGGCAUCUACUUUUGACUAUUCUUUUAAAGACAGGGCUCCUUUUACAGUCAAAAAUGCGCUUGGAGUCCCCAUUAAGGUACAGCCCAAUUCAAGUCUCCGAGUAAUCGGUUCGACUGUGAAAGAUGAUAUUUAUGAUGUUGGCAUUGGUCAAACGUUGGCAUUGGAUUACUCCAUUUCGGAACCUAUGCAUCGAGGGAAACUGUCCGUAUUGAGCCGUCAGGAAAGUUCAUUCUUUUCUUUGAGUUUAGUACCUCAGGGAUACACAGAGGUGGGAAACAUUCCUGUUUCCAGACCAGGGCGACGAUUAUACAACGUACGGAAUCCUUGCGUUGAUCACUCCGAUUCAGUCAUAAUACAGAUCGACGCAACAGAAGGCAAUAAAGUUGUUACUGUUCGUUCUCCUCUGCAGAUUAAGAACCAUUUUUCUAUCCCAUUCACCAUCUAUAAAUCUGUCAGAAGUGUUAAACUCCUGGAACCCAUUGGAAUAGUCAAACCUGAAGAGGAAUUCCAUGUUCCUUUAGACUCAUACAGGGGUCAAUUGUAUGUUCAGCCAGCUGGAAUCUUAGCGGGCCAGUUUAAAGAAUCCUCUACUUAUAUUUCCUGGAAGGAGGAGAUUCACAGGAGCAGUGAAGUGAGGUGCAUAUUGCAAUGCCACUCAGUUGAAAUCAACUUCUUACCACUCAUAGUGAACACAAUUGCUGUUCCUGAUGAAUUAAAUUUUAUUUCCACUCAUGGGGAAGAAUGGGAUCCAGCUUACAUUAUUCAUCUUCAUCCAUCGCUCACUGUGCGAAAUUUUCUCCCAUAUUCUUUGAGAUAUCUACUCGAGGGAACGGCAGAAACCCACGAGCUGGCAGAAGGCAGUGCAGCUGAUGUACUUCAUUCACAAAUCAGUGGAAGUGCUGUUCAUUCACCAAGGAGCGGGAGAAUAAUGGAGUUAGUGCUGAUGAAAUACCAAGGCCGAAACUGGAAUGGGCAUUUUCAGAUUCAUAAUGAGCUACCAGAGUUCUUCCUCGUGUGCUUUACAUCAGAUUCCACAGAACCGAUGACGGUUGACAUAUCAAUACAUGUUAGGAGAACCAGCAGCCGCACAAUCCUCUCUGUGUUCUGUCCCUACUGGUUAAUCAAUAAGACUUCUCGCAUUCUCCAGUACCGGGCAGAGGAUAUUCAUAUGAAGCACCCAGCAGACUUCAGGGAUAUUAUUUUGUUCUCUUUCAAGAAAAAGAACAUUUUCAGCAAAAAUAAGGUGCAGUUAAAAAUUUCAACUAGUGACUGGUCUAAUAGCUUUUCUUUGGAUACAGUUGGAAGUUAUGGUUGUGUGAAAUGCCCUACCAAAAAUAUGGAAUAUCUGAUUGGUGUUAACAUCAAAAUGAGCAGUUUUAACCUUACUAGGAUAGUGACUCUGACUCCAUUCUGCACCAUUGCCAACAAGUCUUCACUUGAAUUGGAAGUUGGAGAAAUUUCAAUAGAUGGCUCAUUGCCAACUAAUAAGUGGCACUAUAUUGCAUCUUCUGAGUGUCUUCCGUUUUGGCCUGAAAAUUUGUCUGGAAAACUAUGUGUGCGUGUAGUGGGCUAUGAAGGCUCUUCCAAACCAUUCUUCUAUAACAGACAAGAUAAUGGCACUUUGUUGAGCUUGGAGGAACUGAAUGGGGCAAUCUUGGUCGAUGUAAACACUGCCGAGCAUUCCACAGUCAUCACCUUCUCUGACUACCAUGAAGGAGCUGCUCCUGCCCUCCUCAUUAACCACACACAAUGGGAUGUCCUUAAAUACAAACAGAGUGGAUUAGAUGGGGAGAUGGAAUUAAAACCAAAGGAGGUGCGGCUAUUUGCCUGGGCAGAUCCUACUGGCACCAGGAAAUUAAGAUGGAGAUAUGCUGAAAAUGUGGGAGAACAUGAUCUCUUGAAGGAUGAAUGUGGACAGUUUCCAUACAAUGCAAAUAUUCAGAUCCACUGGGUAUCUUUCCUGGAUGGACGCCAGAGAGUGCUUCUUUUCACAGAUGAUGUUGCCUUGGUUUCCAAAGCCCGUCAAGCAGAAGAGAUGGAACAGGCUGAACAAGAGAUAAAUAUAUCGCUUCAUAGUCUUGGACUUUCUUUGGUCAACAAUGCAAAUAAGCAGGAAAUAGCUUACAUAGGGAUAACUAGUUCCGGUGUUGUUUGGGAGAGGAAAUCAAAGCAGAAGUGGAAGCCAUUUAAUCAAAAGCAGAUCCUGCUUUUGGAACAUGCAUAUCAAAAAUUCCUUGCAUCCCAUGAUCAUGAUUGGAUUAAACUAGGUGGCAAUUUUGAGGUGAAUUUCAGUAAAGUGCCAAUGGAAGUGCGCCUCCCUGAACGAUGCACUAUCAAGCGAGACUUUUUAUCGGGGAUUCAGAUUGAAUUCAAACAAUCUCCUCACCAAAGAAGUUUAAGGGCCCAGUUGUAUUGGCUUCAGGUUGAUAAUCAGUUGCCUGGUUCAAUGUUUCCUGUUGUAUUUCAUCCAGUAGCCCCUCCAAAGUCUAUUGCACUGGAUUCAGAGCCUAAGCCAUUCAUUGAUGUUAGCGUAAUCACAAGAUUUAAUGAAUAUAGUAAAGUACUGCAAUUCAAAUAUUUCAUGGUUCUUAUCCAGGAGAUGGCACUGAAAGUUGAUCAAGGAUUCCUAGGAGCAAUUACUGGACUAUUUACACCAGCAGUGGACCCAGAAGCUGAAAGAAAAAGGACCAAGUUAAUCCAACAAGAUAUCGAUGCACUUAAUACUGAACUGAUGGAAACUUCUCUGACUGACAUUUCAAGUCUCAGUUUCUUUGAGCACUUCCAUAUUUCACCAGUUAAGUUGCAUUUGAGUCUCUCCCUGGGAUCUGGAGGGGAAGAAUCUGACAAGGAAAAACAAGAAAUGAUUGCUAUCCACUCUGUCAACCUGUUGUUGAAGAGCAUUGGAGCUACUCUCACUGAUGUGGAUGACCUGAUUUUUAAACUUGCUUAUUUUGAGAUUCAGUAUCAGUUUUACAAGAGAGAUCAGCUCAUGUGGAGUGUUGUUAGGCAUUACAGUGAACAGUUUUUGAAGCAGAUGUAUGUCCUUGUGUUGGGUUUAGAUGUGCUUGGAAACCCAUUUGGAUUAAUUAGAGGUCUGUCUGAAGGUGUUGAAGCAUUUUUCUACGAACCUUUUCAGGGUGCCGUCCAAGGCCCUGAAGAAUUUGCAGAGGGUUUAGUAAUUGGAGUAAGGAGUCUUUUUGGCCACACAGUGGGAGGAGCAGCUGGUGUGGUGUCUCGAAUCACAGGUUCUGUUGGGAAAGGUUUGGCUGCAAUUACUAUGGACAAGGAAUAUCAGCAAAAAAGAAGAGAGGAGAUGGGCCGUCAACCUAAGGAUUUCGGCGACAGCUUGGCCAAAGGAGGAAUGGGUUUCCUGCGGGGUGUUGUCGGGGGAGUGACUGGAAUAAUUACAAAACCUGUAGAAGGAGCCAAAACAGGAGGAGCUGCUGGAUUCUUCAAAGGAAUUGGAAAAGGCCUUGUAGGUGCUGUGGCCCGGCCAACUGGUGGCAUUGUAGACAUGGCCAGCAGCACCUUCCAAGGAAUUCAGAGGGCAGCAGAAUCAACGGAAGAUGUAUGUAGUCUCCGCCCUCCUCGCUUAAUUCGUGAAGAUGGCAUCAUACGACCAUAUAAUAGAAGUGAAUCUGAAGGUUCUGAUUUAUUUGAGAAUCACGUCAAAAAGCUGGAAGGUGAGAUCUACCGUUACCACUGUGCUGUUCCUGGGAGCCGAAACGCAAACCUUAUGGUCACAAAUAGGAGAGUAAUGUUUGUGAAAGAAGUGGAAGUCUUAGGACAUAUGUCUGUAGAUUGGCAGUGUCUAUUUGAAGAUUUUAUUCGUCCUCCUGCUGUUGAAAGCAAUAUCCUAAAAAUCACCAUUAAGGAUCAGGGGCUGUUCCCCAAAAAGGAUGGUGGCAGUCAAGGCAGUCUAAAGAAAAUUUGUCUCCGGGAUGAAAAUACUGCAAAGAGGGCUUGUUGUGCCAUCGAUGAUGCCCAGUCAACAAGGCAGCAACAAAAAUUGGUGAAGCAGGCUUCCCUAAAGUGUCUCAGACAACAAAUGUCAAUGUAAUUAUUGGAUAUUGGUUUUGGUUUCAUGGCUUCCUCUUGUAUGAUCAUCUUCUUGGAAAUUAAUUAGACGCAAAUUACCUUGCAGAGAAAUGGAUGUUCUCUGUCGUCAUAAAAAAUUUUGCACAGAUAAUCUUUCACUUGGGAAGGGUUGUGACUAGGCUAGUAGUAAAAUUUCUGUCAUUCUUGGGAACUACUCAGUUCACUCUUGUGCUGUGUAACUCGAAGUUCAGGGUCACUUGAAAUGCAUCAGAAUGAAUCACUUGAAAAAUCACUGCCAUUCUAACACAUUAGUAUGUGUUAAUACUAAUACUAAGAUUUAAUGGAAACCAGACCUACUAUUGAUAACUGCAGUGCUUACUGGGGAGUGGAGCAGGAAAUUCAGAAGGAGAGUGUAAAGACAUUAAAUACACCCAAGAAUUUUAUUGGCUCUAUUUAAAAAUUUUCUUCGAAUUACUUUUCCAGGUUUCUUUAAUGGUUUCUAGUUGAGUGAUGAAUAUAUUAGUAAAACUUUGACAUUAUAUCACAAAUAGGGUUUCUUAGACUGAAGUGAUUUUUGAUGUCAUACAAGUCAAAAACAUUUAUAGAAGGGAAAUUUUUCUCUGUGUUCCUUCCCUUUUACUUCUGUUUGUUUUGACCUAAACUUGCACUGCUAUAUUUUGAAUAGGCCAGUUAAAUGAUUAUGUUAAUUUAAGAGCACAUGUGAAGGAUUUACAGUUUUGGAAAUGUUGUUUACAUUCAAGUGUGUAGAACAAAUCAUUUGAUACAAUUGGAGAUCUUGAGCUCAAGGAUGUAUUGCACUUUAAUUGGUUUUGGAGUUAAUUUAUAUAGUAUGUUAACUGCCUAAAAAUUUUCAAAGAGAAUAAUUACCUAAAAAGUUUAAAUGUAAUGAAAAUGCUCUUGAUGAUUAGUGUACCUUUAUAUAGGACCAGAAAGUAUUUGAAUUGCCAGUAAUAGGAAACAUUGAAGCCCUUAGUUAUACUAUGUGGAAAUGGAAAAGCAUUUCCCUGUGAAUGAUUGCCAAGGGGGUAGUUUUGAGAAAUGUUUCCUUAUAAAGUAGCCCCACCCAAGCCCACGUUUCAUUUAAUUGCAGUCGAUCCUUUUAGGUAUGAAAUAGUGUUAGACUUCAGCUGUAUAAAAACCUCAGUGUUUUUCCUAGAAAGGGAGAUGUGGACAUAUCCAGGAAGCAAGAUGUUCAGUUCAUAAUCCCAGAUUUACUUUGUUCAAUUUUAAUCUUCACUUCCUGAUAAUUUCUUUAUCACCAUAUUAUAGUCAAUUUAUGAGUUUAUAGGCCAAUUUUGUUGGGUUCCCCAUUCUACAGUUAGUGUGCAGUAUGGGCACAGAGUGUGACCAAUAACUAGUUUGCAGCCAGAGAAGGAUUUUUUUUUGUCUUACAUUAGAAUGUCUUUUAUAAAACUACAGUCCACAGCAUCGGCACAGCCCUUUUCUCACAUGAGAAAAGUAUCACUCAACUCAUAGCUUUUUUUUAAAAAUACCGUUUCCUCCCCUAGUACUUAAUACAUAUCAUCUAAAGAGUCAUGAAACCACCAUGAAACUACUCUUUAUCAGUCAUAAACGAUCUUGUUUUUGGGCUACCUGUCUAGAUUUUUUUGUCUGCUAGAGAUGUCUAGGGUGUUGGGGGAGGAAAAUAAUAUUCUGGUUCACUAGUGGUUGUUGAAAUUGUAUAUGCAUAAUGUUUACACUGCAAAAGUGAUACAUAUCCAUAAACUUACCACUAUUUCCUCCUUUGACCUUUUAAAAGCCUUGUAAUGGAGAUAGUUAUUUCACCGAAAGAGUGCAAUAAUAAUGCUAUGACAUGCCUUUUUGUAUGCUCAGGCUUUUUGUAUUAUUUGAUUUUCAGAGUCUGUAUAUGAGCCAAUGAAAGAAAAUAGGUGCAUAUGCUUAAUGGUGUUAAUGCAUUUGGUAAUAAAAUCUUUUUUGGCUCCUAA